AUGAAUCCCCCCAGACUGGGUCUGCUCCUGUGCGCGGUGACGGGCAGCGCGAUCUGUCUGUGCAUCUACAUCAGCGGCCGAGUCGGGGAUCCCCGGCCCCGGCCCUGGAGCUUCGACGGUGCGAAGUGCGGCGACUACCCGGGCGAGCUGUGCGCCGCCCUGUUCGAGGGCAAACCCGCGGCCGCCCUGAUCGGAGCCGAGUGCCAGAAGCUGCACCGGCCCGACCCGUUCGACCCGUUCGACCCGGACCGGCCCUUCAACUGCUCGCGGCUGGUGCACGAGCACCACUACAUCACGCAGCCCCUGUCCCGGGAGGAGGCCGACUUCCCGCUGGCGUACAUCCUCACCGUCCACAAGGACCUGCAGACCCUGGAAUGGCUCUUCCGAGGGCUGUACAUGCCCCAGAACGUGUACUGCAUCCACGUGGACAACAAGACGUCUCGGGAGUUCAAGCGAGGGGUGAGGAUGCUGGCCGGCUGCUUCGACAACGUCUUCCUGGCCUCCAAGUGGGAGCGGGUCGUGUACGGUGGCUUCUCGCGGCUGCAGGCCGACGUGAACUGCAUGCAGGACCUGAUCGUGUCGCCCGUCCGGUGGAAGUAUGUCAUUAACCUGUGCGGCCAGGAUUACCCGCUCAAGACCAACCGCGACAUCGUGCAAACCCUCAAGAACCAGUGGAAAGACAAGAACAUCACCCCCGGCAUCCUCCAGCCCAGCCACAUGAGGCACAGGACCGCGCAUGUCCACAGGGAGUACAUCUCGCCCCAGGAGGCUUAUGUCAUCAAAACCCGGACCAAAAAGGGAGAUGCAGUCCCUCACGGCCUCAAACUCUACUUUGGAUCUGCCUAUUACGCCCUCACCGCAGAGUUUGUUCAUUUCGUGUUGAAGGACCAACGAGCCAAGGACUUGCUUCGAUGGUCAAGAGAUACCUACAGCCCCGACGAACAUUAUUGGGUGACGUUAAAUCGCAUAGCAGAUGCGCCUGGAGCAGAUCCGAAUGCAGAGUGGGAAGGCAGCAUAAGGUCAAUCAAAUGGGUGGACCAGGCGAAAAAAUAUCACAAUGGUUGCAAAGGUCACUACGUUCGCAGCAUCUGUGUAUAUGGGUUGGGAGACUUGCAGUGGCUGGCCCAGAAAGACAGCUUAUUUGCAAAUAAAUUUGAAGUGAAUAAAUACCCCUUGGCAGCACAGUGCAUGGAAUGGUGGUUAAGGCCAAAGAUGCUAUCUCAAUCCAAAGUACCCCCUCGGGAAGAAUGGCACAUCAAAAAGAACAUUUGUUUCUUUGGUAGUGAAAGGAACGACUGCAGUAUCUAGUGCAUUUAUUUGACAUACCACAUGUCACAAUGUGGCAGCGGAAGGAAAUAAGCAAAAAAAAAAAUUUUUGUGAUUCGAUUUCUUAACUGAAAUUGUUUUAUACUUUUGUGACCAGUUAAAUAAAAGAUGGUAAGUUGAAUGUCAAGCGAUCUUUGUGCAGAAUCUGAGGAGAGUUAGGCCAAAGAAACUGUUUGCUGGAUGUAGAUCAAGAAAUAGUCCCUGAUUGUGUGGCAUUCACAAGGUCACAAGAUGGGUUCGGAUAAAGAAGGCCCUUUGGUCCAUUUGGUCUCAUCCUUCCAGAAUACCAACUCUACCAUCUUCCCAAUACAAUCAUCCAGCUCGUCUGUGUUAGGUUUGGCUGACAUCCCACCUGAGAAACGAUUUGGUUACAAAGUAUGCCAAAGCACUUAAAGAUUCAAAUAGGAAAUGGAUUGCUGGUUCCUGAUUCAACAGGACAAGGAGGUUACGGUUUUGCUGCCAACGCAAGAUCAAGAUGAAAAUGACAAGUGCCAGUCUGAGCAGACUUGACUGCCCUUUUCUGCUUAUAAUUGGCUCAGUUCAGAUGGAAACGCAUCAUGUGGAGAAUUAUGAUCCAUCAGCGAAUCUUUGGAUCAUUCCCUUCUAUUACAUGUGAUGGUUUGAGUCACAAUAGGAUGGAUGAAUGACAUUUCAUGCAGUUGACUCAUUCACAAAUAUUUGUCAACAUAUUUUACCAGUUUCUCCUUACAAGCAUCAUUGCAUAACAACCACUCAACAAACACUUUCAAUGUUACAUUUUACAAAAAAGCACCAUACUUAUCAUGACAUGAACAAUAUUUCUAAUGUGGAACAAAAGGAUUUAUGUGGCUAAUUGUGGAUGUUUGUUUUGAUUGCAAAUAUUUGCCAUCUUAAACAACUUUAGAUACCAGGGAUCAAUGAUUGUGGAAUUGUGUAGAAUUGUUGCAAAAUAGUUCUAGUUUCUAUGCACAAGUGAAAAUGCUGUUUAAUUAUAAAAAAGGGAACAGAAUUCCAAUCCUAACCCACAGCAGGUAAAUAGAGUUCUUUAUACAGCUUGUACAUCAAUGAGUGAAGCAAAUGACAGCGGGCAAGUAAAGCAAUGGGCAUUCCUGCUUGCUAAUGGGGUCCACCACAUGUCGUAUAAAGAGCAGGCAUGGUUAAGACAUGUCCAUAUUCCAAAGGCAAUAUACUUUUAACCUGAAGGAAGUAUGUGGAGUUAAAAACAAAGUUAUUGAUGCCGGAGACAGAUUUUGCCGAGUGGAGAAAUAAUAAUUUAUUAUUGUUUUGUUUUGGAGGGAUUAUUUUUAAUAUUAUUAAUAAUAUUUGUAUUGGAUAUAGCGCUUUAUCACGUCUUCUAGAUGUCUCAAAGUGCUUCAUAAAAUAUACUGUAAAAAAAGUUGCAUUUGAAAUAGGACUUAAAAAGGAUUCGUUAAUAGUGAGUCCUGCCAGUAACAAGAUGUGAGUCACCCCCAACCUUGGGAACACUGCUUCAAAUGCCCUGGAAGGAGAUCACAUUGAAGUGGAGAUUCCGUAGAUCAGGAGAGGAGAUUCCCAGGUAGGAGCAGAGAUUCCCCAGGUUGGAGACUCACAUCCAACUAUUGGCGGGAUUGAGUAUCUCCAAAUCCUGUUGUAUACUCUUCAUGUUUUGACACUACUGGGACAAUAUAUGUAAAAGAAAAUUCAACACAUGCACUAUAAUUAUGAACCAAAAUGUGGUUAUUAUUCUACAAGUUGGAAUUAAAUUUUUGAAAGGAAGUUUAGACACAAUAUGCAUAAUUUAAACAUUUAAAUUCCUACAUUGGUAGGAAUUGGACUUGUAAUGAAAUUACUUAAAUUUGUUUUACAAUAAAGGUUUUUUAUUUACA